GAGAAAGAGAGACACAGACACACACAAGAAGAAAAAAGCCUGACUGAGUGCACAAUAUCCAGCAGCUCAUAGCUUCGGCCUUUCGAGGUCGUUAUGGCAGCUCCAGCUCCACUCACCGUGUAGUAAGAGAGUAAGCCAGCGUUAUAGUCCAACACGAACCAGCGGUACUGCCAUCCUUUCAUGACGUUGGUCCAUUUGCUGAGCGGUCCUUCCAUGAUGGACGCCAUCUUCAGGGAAUGCAAACAAACCCAGCGCUACGUCAGCGCUGGUUGCUCAUUGGAAAAAGAUCUGGGCUUGGGGGAGGAGACUGGGAAUUUAAUAUGGCUUGUUUUUUUUAAAAAAUGGGGCCAGGUUUACACCCUCAUCAGUUUAUACACUUUUUUUUAUUUUAACGAAUCUCACUGUAGGAUUAACCCCAUCACUCACGUUUUAACCUCUAGACUGUUAACAAACUCAACAAAGCUUCCGUGGAGAGAGCAGAGCUCAUUUGGGCGCUAUUUCAACGCAUUCAAACUCCAUCCACUUAAAAGCUGGAGCCUAUUUAUAAUGUUUCAGGUCGACGUUUCGGAACUAAUUAAGGUUGCAGGCCUGAAAAAAAUGUUCCCAGAUUUUUGGGGUUUAUUGCAAAUUUCCAGCACUGCAGAUUUUUUCCACAAAACUUCCGUCUCCCAGAGGACUAAAUUUUCUGUUUUAUAUCUUCUACAUCAGUCCUGCAGUGAAACAAACAAAUAUUAACUGCUCAACUACCAGGAGUCGGUAAUUUAAAAAUCUGAAUUGCCACAUCAGACCCCUGAAACAAUAACAUUUUUUUAAAAAACGUUAUCUGUGCUCACUUAAGGUUGCUGACAACUCUGGAAGCAAGAAUUGUGCUUCAGGAUUACAGAUUGACGAAUGUUAUAGAUCAUCAAGAAAAGAUUAACAUUCCAAUGUCCUUCUCAGCCUUUUGGCUAAAAUCAAGUGUACUUACCUGGCAGGAGAGACACCAUGAUGAUGGUCGCUUCUACAUAUGUAUGCUUGGGAAAACAGAUGGGUAGAAUCAAAACACAGGUCUGACUAUGGUAAAUUCAUACUCCAUACUGGAAAAUUUUAUGGUGAUUCUGAGAAGGACAAAGGAAUCCAGACAAGUCAGGAUGCCAAGUUCUAUGCAAGGUCAAUUAAAUUUGAACAAUUCAACAAUGAAGGACAAACAUUAGUCAUACAAUACACUGUAAAACAUGAACAAAGUAUUGACUGUGGUGGUGGAUACAUUAAGCUCUUUCCUGCUAAUCUGAACCAGGAAGACAUGUCUGGAAAUUCUCCUUAUUAUGUAAUGUUUGGUCCUGAUAUUUGCGGACCAGAAACUAAAAAGGUUCAUGUGAUCUUCAACUACAAAGGAAAAUACCAUUUGAUUAAAAAAGAUAUUAGAUGCAAGGACGAUGAAUACACACAUCUCUACACCCUAAUAGUUCAUUCUGAUAACACUUAUGAAGUGAAGAUUGAUAACAAAAAAGUUGAAUCUGGGACUCUGGAGGAUGACUGGGACCUACUGCCUCCUAAAACAAUGAAGGACCCAAAUGCUAAGAAACCUGAAGACUGGGAUGAUCGGGAGAAGGUUAAUGACCCUGAUGAUGUGAAACCAGAAGCCUGGGAAAAGGCAAAAACCAUUCCAGAUCCUGAUGCCAAGAAAUCUGAUGACUGGAAUGAUGUGAUGAAUGGUGAAUGGGAGCCUCCUAUGAUUCAGAAUCCAGAAUAUAAGGGUGAAUGGAAAUCUCAACAGAUUAACAAUCCUAACUUCAAAGGAAAUUGGGUCCAUCCAGAAAUUGAUAAUCCCGAAUACACAUUAGAUGCCAACAUGUACCAAUAUAAUAAUAUCGGUGUUCUUGGCCUUGAUCUGUGGCAGGUGAAAUCUGGAACAAUCUUUGACAAUUUCCUUAUUACAAAUGAUGUAAAAUAUGCUGAGGAAUUUGGCAAUCAAACAUGGGGAAUAACUAAGGUUGGUGAGAAGAAAAUGAGAGAAAAACAGGGAAAAGAAAAGAAGGAACAAAAGGAGGAAAGAACGGAUAAGGAAGGGGGAGAAGAAAAAGAGGAAAAACAAGAAGAUGGGGCAAUGGAUACACAUAAAUAUGAAUUGUAAACCUCUAAAACAUGUUGAAUGUUCAGCUAGACAAUUUGUCUACUUUUAGAAUGUUCAUCCUGUUCCAAAAGGAUAUCUCCAACAAUUGCACUGUUGUACCUUCAUAAACAACUGUGUCUUAAAGGUGAAAGGGUAUCAUUAUUUUCUCAAUAUAUAUUGCACUAUAAUAUUGGUGGGAAUUUGCAGCAAAUGCAAGAGCAUAAGGUAUGAAAAUUCAUUAAUGUACAGUGUUAAAUAUCACAGUUUUGGUUUAGGAUGUAAUUUAGUAUUAACUUGUGGUUAUUGGACUGAUAUUCAGAAG